AUGAUAGAGGGUUUGUGCGACAAGUGGGAUGGUCCAAUAUCAGUAGCAGUAUUUGGCGAUUGGAAUGAAUUGGAAAAUAUAUUGUGGAACAUGACGAGAAUUGUUUAUUGCAAUAAAUGCAAAAAAUUAAACAUGCAGUUGGUCUUACCCAACAACGAUCACAAUCUUUCAGGAAUGAAUAUAAUAAAUAAAUUAAAUGUUUCAUUUACUUCUUUCUCAUGCAGACAAACAGUUGUCGUUCGUGAAAUGAAAAAAAAAAAUUAUCAACAUUUACAUCCAUAUCCUGUAAAUUUUUUAAGAAAUUUAGCAAAAUCUCAAAGUGUCACAGAUUACAUUUUGACAAUCGAUAUUGACAUGUUACCAAGUGAAAAUCUUCGAAAUGAUUUUUUAAAAUCAAAACUCGUUGAAAAAUAUCAAUGGAAUGAUGUUGUGUUUGUUGUACCAAUAUUUGAAAUUGAGCAUGAUGUACAAAUGCCUCAAUCUAAAAAUGAUUUAUUGGAAUGUGUGAAAAUGGGAAAAGCUAGACCGUUUUAUUUAGAACCAUGUGAAAAAUGUCAAAGUCUUACAAAUUACACAGAAUGGCUUAAAAAUAAUAAAACGUCAGGGAUUGAAAUUUUAUACGAAGUUGAAUGGAAAUAUCCGUGGGAGCCAUUUUUUAUAUCGAAUAAAAAAGUGCCAAAUUUUGAUGAAAGGUUUAAACAAUAUGGAAUGAACAGAGUCAGUCAGAUUUGUGAACUUUACGUUGCGGGUUAUAAAUUUAAAAUAAUAUCAAAUGGUUUUCUCAUUCACGACGGUUAUAAAAGAAAAAAUGAAUUUCACGAAAUGAAAAAUUUAGAUAUGACGUCAAAUAGAAAAAUAUAUAAUAGAUUUAAAUACGAAUUAAAAUUGAAAUAUUUCAAUUCGACGAGAAAAUGUUGA